GGUUAAAAAAAAUAUUUUCUAAUGAAUUGGACAUAAUUCGGUGUGAAUUUGAAUUGAUGUUUAAUUCAUUCAUAGGUUUAAUCUUUUUUUUUGUAUCUUUUUGUUUGUAAUUAAUUGUUAUGUGGUUUUCUUUAACUAUUUUAUAUUAUAAUUAAUUAGUUAGUAAGUAUCAACGUUCUAUACAAUAUCAAUUGUUAUGAAUAAAGGAAAUAAAAUUAAACCUAGUUCCAUCCGGAGUGUUCUAGGGUCAGUCAAACUUUACGAAUUUCGUAUCUUUUUACGGAACCCUAAAAAAGGGAAUACCUGACGCAAAUCCAUUAUUAUAUCAACAGAUUAAUUAAUAACAAAGUCACUGUCAGUCGGUCAUUGUUCUGUAGGUGUUUGUGGGUAAAGCACGAUAUGAAAGUGGGUAUAAUAUUGGUGCUAGUGUGUGUGGCUGGUGCUGACUCAGAUGUUGUCCGAGACUUCUUGGAGGUAUUAAAAGUACAGUUUGAAAAUGCUUGGAUCGGUUUCAAAAACUUUAUCAAAAGACCUCCCAGGUCCAAACGAAUACAUGAACAUGUUUCAAGAACGUCUUCAACUUCUACAGACUUUUGGUGGUCGAGCACAACAUCAAAAUUUUUAACUAAAAAAACCACGUACCAAACCAAGUUACCACAAACUGUUCGAACGCGCUCAAUGGCAACCGCAACGCCGAUCAUAGACGAAAUCAUGACUAUACAGAAUACCAUGCCACCGGAUAUGUUGUAUUACUUUCAACGCCCUAGACACAAGCAGGUGCUCCUGCCGUUCUUUCCGAGUCCAAAAUGGCGGACGAGAGACCACUGGAACCAAAUGCAACAGUCAAAAGCAGACUUCUUCUUAUGGAGAGAUGAAUUUUCGGGAGGAGGAGGAGCUGGGAGAUCCUUUGCUUUGGCGGACGAAGACGUGACCACGGCACAGCAGUUGGACCAGCCUACCGACGAGGGAAUUGGUGUGAUGAUGUUUAUUUAGAGUUACAUUAAGUUUAUGUGGAACUAACCAUGGUCGUCGCCAAGGGGGCGCAAGGAUGGGGCAGCUGCCCCCCCUAGAGAACAUAAUUUCUAUAUAUAUGCCCUUCCCCCUCCCCUUGGUCAUCGGCCAUAUAUGGACUUAGGAUUAACCAAAAGGCACCCUUGGCCACUGUAGAACUAUAACUAUCUAUAUGUCUCACUGGUGAGCAUCUUAGGCCCUUUCAUUGUCGCCGUCAGAUAUAUUAGAGCCUUAUAAAAAGAAACCAGGCAAAUAUGAAAAGGUAAUUUGUACAUAGGAUUAUACCUUUUUAUAUGGAUCGACAUGUUAUCAAAUUGUAAUUUAAUGUGAAUUUGAAUUGUAUUUCUUUUUUAUUAUUUUAUUUUUAUGUACUUUUGUUAUGAUUUUAUUUUGGAAAUUCAUUUGGUUGUCCUAUACUUAUUUUGUUAUUGAAUUAUAAUAUAGUUUGUUAGAUUUUGAACACAAUGUAUUUUGCUGUUAUAGAAAAAAAAGUAUUGUAUGUAUGUAUAUAACUUUUUGCACAUAAACAGGUGGCAGUAUUUUGAGUAUUUUGAACUAAGUAUGUCCAUAUGAGGUAAUUAUAGAAUUUUUACGAAAUAUUAUUAGAUACUUUGACAUGCUUUUAUGGUGGUCUAAGAUUCGAGACUUGAUACUCGUAAGAAUAAAAUGUAUAAAAUCUAUGUCAUAAUAAAAUUAUAAAAAACUUUGAUCGCGUUUCAACUUGAAUUUUAGGGUAAACUACCUGAAGUUUGGUACUCUCUUCGCCCCUCAUUUUUGUAUGAAAAUUGUACUGACAUCUCACAUUUAAGUUAAAGGGUCAAAUAAUUGAAGGGGUCACAACUUUAGUGUAGUAAAACUACUUCCCAUUGAAUUAUAACAUUUAAAACUUUCACGUUUUGAACACUUAUUAAAACUAUCAAUAAUCAAUUUCUGUCUUACAGUUUGGCAAAAAAAAAAAACAAAAUUGUAAAAUCAGGGUU